GUCGACAUCCUCUCCCACACACACAGCAUCAUCAGUCAAUAGACAUUCAUCCAGCACCCCUUUCAGGACUACAAAGAUACUCCUGUAAAUAAACGCAAUAAUGGCCGAACCGACGCAAAAGCCGCAAUACAUUUACAAAAUUGUCCCCGAGGCGCCGCCGUCGCCGCUGCCGACUGAGUUCCCCCUCUCGGACCUCGAUCGUAACGAUGGCUUUAUUCACUUGAGCACGGCGAAGCAGGUCCUCAACACAGCAAACCUCUUCUUCGCAACCUCCACAACCCUACACCUCCUCAAACUCCCCUACGCGCCCCUCGCCUCCUCAACGAAAUGGGAAUUUCCCCCCUCCGGCACCUUCCCCUCCGCCUUCCCCCAUCUCUACGGACGAAACUUUGGCGCCGCCGACGUCGAGGACGUAAAGGGGUUCGCGAGAGCCGAGGGACAGGUGUGGAGUGAGGUUCUGGGCGGUGAUGCGUGGCUUGUGUAAGAAACCCCUCUCGAGGUUCCUUUCGGGAGAUAUGGUC